UCUCUUUACAUUCGUUCUAAUCCUGUACUAAUAAACACUGUCUGUGUCAGCAUGUUCCAGGCUGCUUCAACAAUGAAGGAGAGUUGGAUUAUUUUGCUAUUUAUUUCAAAUGCAUGGAGCGGAGACUGGGGUGUGAUGUUCAAGGAUCAGUGUGCUUUGGAAGGGACCUCGCUGCAUAUUGGGUGCGAGUAUGAUUACCCUUUUGGUCAUAUUGUCACUUCAGCUGCCUGGUUCAAAGCUCAACGGAGGUCUGGUCAGUGGGUCCUGUAUUCCCUGCCAAGUUUGCCAACAUCUGCGUCAACCCAAGUUCACUUUGAAUAUGUGGGCAACUACCGUGGAGACUGCAGCUUGAAGAUCAAUAACUUAAAACAUGCUGAUGAAGGAUUUUACUUCUUUCGUUUUGUGACCACAUUCAACAGCUGGACCAGCAAAAGUCCACUUUAUUUGUCAGUAAAAGAACUGACUGCUGUUUUGGAGCCAAGCACAGUGAUGGAGGGCCAACGGGUCAGCCUGGCCUGUGGGACGGGGUGUGCCACACGGCUGCAGACAGUCUGGUACCGAGAUGGAAAACUGGUACCAAAUCCGGUCUUCUGGGCAAGCAAAAAUGAUUCCGGGAGAUACUAUUGCACUGUCCUUGGACAGAAGUCGGCCUCUGUGGCUUUGAAUGUUCAAUAUGCUCCAAACCAUGUUGUGUUCUCAAUGAAGCCUGCGGGAGACGUCCUCAACGGAAGCUCAGUGACUCUCAGCUGCAGCAGUGAUGCCAACCCACCUGUCCCACAGAGUGGAUACAGCUUGUUUAAGGACAAACAGUUGAUAAAUUCUGGACCAAGCCACACCAUCUCUCUCCCUCAGCCCAGCCACAGUGGACUGUACCACUGUCAGGCCUCCAAUAACAUCAGCAGGAGGGGCAUCACAUAUGUUAACUCUCCUGAGGUGAACCUAGAUGUGCAGUAUCUGCCAAGUGUUGCUGAGGUCAGCAGCGUCAAAGUGGUGUGCAGCAGCACAGCCAACCCUGCAAACCACAGCUACGUCUGGUAUAAGUGGACCAGCUCCAGCUCCCUGCUCCAAGUGGGCUCAGGACGGGUGCUGUUUCUUCCGUCCACGAACAGAUCCCACACGGGAAUCUACCUCUGCCAGGUCAGGAACCUUCUUGGGGUUACCAACUGGACAAAAGUGCUGCUGGCAAUGGAGGAGAAUAACUCUGGUCAUCAGACCCUACUGGUACUUGCUGGACUUGGAGUGUGUCUUUUGGGGACACUUGUCAUAGCUCUUCUUUUGCUAUGGGCGAAACACAGACGUGAGGAUGAAAAAGGGGCGGCGUUAUAUUCCCAAUAUGUUGGCCCUGCAGCCGAUGAAGAUCAGUCCAACAGUGUUUAUGCCAAUGUCAACAUGUCAACACCAUCUCCUCAACCUCCACCACGCAGAUACUCCAAGCAACAACACGCUAAUGUCAUGCACCAAUACGGGCACGUGAAAACACGGCGCCAGCGCUCACAGCAAGCAUGUAAUUACCACUUCUCCAAUUCUAAUAAUGAUAAACAUGAUGAGGUUACGUACUCAACAGUCACCAUCAAAGCCAAAAACCCACAAAAAUCCAGGUUCAACAUGGGGGAGAAUGACACAACCAUAUAUUCCACUGUGGCUAAUUCCAGCUGAAUGAUAAGGUUUUAGCAGCAGCAUCAUUAUGACCCAUCUUUGUUCAGAUGACAUUUACAUGUUUGUGAGAUUUAUUUCGGGCUUCUGUGCAUUAAUUACCCAAAAAUACAAUCACGUUGAAAGCGAUAAAAUGCAAUACUUAUGCAUUAUUUCUGUAAGAAUUCAUAAGAAAGUGUUUUGCUUCAAUGAUACUGUACUGUACAAUA